CUAAUAAUUAUUGGCGCUAUCAUUAUCUAUUUAAAUAUUCAAUAUAUUGUUAAAUAUAACUAUUGGAAAUCACGUGGCAUAUCGGGUCCAUUACCUCUACCAAUUUAUGGCCACUAUUUGCAAACUAUUCUGGGUCAUCAUUAUAAACAAAUUGUUUCAUGGACAAACAAGUUUGGCAAGAUUAUCGGGACAUACCGUUUUACACGACCGGAGCUUAUUGUUGCCGAUCCUCAAGUUAUCCAUCAAAUACUAAACACCGAUUCGGCAAAGUUUUCCCGUCAACGGGAAUGGUAUCUAUUGAAACAUAUGACUGACUAUCAAAAAUAUUUAACCGUUCAUAACAAACAAAUGUUUAUAGUAUUGACGAAAUUGUUUUUACCGGAAAACAUGAAAAACAUUGAAUCGAUAACCGAUCGGGUAUUCAAUAAGUUUAUAGUUACCGACGAUUUGGGUAACGAAAACCAAUUUAGCAAACUAUACGGCAUGUCGUUUGACAGACUAGACAUCAGGCCAGUCGUCCAGAAAAUGAUAAUGAAUUUAUUGAUUGAAUGCUCGUUUGGCCAGAGUUUUGCCGAACUAAAUCUAUCGGCCGACAGGUUUAUGCAAAGUGCGCCACAGUUUGAUAAAAAUCGUUGGCUACUGUUGGCCACAAUGCUAGUACCGUCGCUGACCGAUCUGGUAAUGGGUUUCUAUGGUAAACUGUUUGGCCAAAGACAACGAUAUUUUAUCGAUAGUAUACAUAAACUGAUUAGACAUAGAUGGCUGACUAUGGCCAGUAGUAGUAGUAGUAGUACUACCGAUGAUGAUGGUGAUGAUGUCGGCAACAAUAUCAACAACAACAACAACAACAACGAUACUGCCGAUGAAAAACCUAAUAACGAUUUUUUGCAACAAUUUCUAGACUAUCGGAGCCGAUCGGGUGACAUACUGGACGACAAUGAAAUUGUUAGCCUAUAUUAUGUAUGCUAUCUAUCCAGCUAUGAGUCGAUGACAAUGAUGCUAUCGAUGCUUAUAUACCAGUUGGCCCUAAAUCCAACCGUACAGCAGCGUCUGUACGAUGAACUACAGCAGCUACCAGUGCUGACAAACACCGGUACUGAGAGUGGCACUGGUAGUACAGCCGAGGCCGCAGCCGCCGCUACCGCUAAACUACAUGAGCUACCCUAUCUGAAUGCUGUACUAUUGGAAACUAUACGCCUGUAUCCAUCGUUUGUGGCCAACCGACGGGCCAUCAACGAUGUCUAUCUGACCGAAGUUGGCCUAACAGUACCGAAAGGUACUGAUGUUGAACUAUCAUUCAUAUCGAUGUUUUUGAAUCCACAAUAUUUUACCGAUCCGUACCAAUUCAAUCCCGAUCGGUUUAUGCCGACCGCCACCGAUACUAUACCGGCCAAUGUAUUCGUACCGUUCGGUAUCGGUAGGGCUACCUGUAUUGGCAAACGGUUUGCCAAAGUUAUACUCAAACAAGGUUUGGCCAAACUGGUCAAUCGGUUCAGAUUUUCGCCGACUACGGCCACAGAAAUCCCGCUCACGUUCAACAGGUGUCCCGAUAUGUUGUUACCCAAGUCUAUUGAAUUGAAGUUUGAAAUGAGAGAUAAACUAAUCGUAAACUAA